GAAUCGAACAAGAAUUGCAAUAACACCAUUUGUGAUUGCAAGGGGUUAAAAGGUCGUCCAGGUGCUAUUGGUACAAAAGGUUACCCUGGCAUUGAGGGUCCUCCCGGCGAGGUGGGUCCGAUGGGUCCUUUCGGACGUCGCGGCGAAUACGGUGAUCCCGGCGAGUAUGGCGAACAAGGCGAAAAAGGACAUCGAGGUGAUAUAGGAGAACUGGGCUUAGCUGGCCGACCUGGACUAGCGGGUCCACCUGGCGAAGACGGCCCUAAGGGCAUUAGUGGCAUAGACGGUUGUGACGGUAAGUCCGGUCUGCAAGGUUCUCCCGGUUUACCUGGAGAUAAUGGUCGGCGUGGACCAAUGGGCAAACCUGGUCCAGCAGGGCCCACCGGAGAUGCUGGUGAGGGUGGUAUUAAUUCGAAAGGUACCAAAGGUAGUCGUGGCGAACGUGGUCCUGAUGGUGUAGACGGCCAAUUUGGCUAUAUUGGAAUGAAGGGUUACAAAGGUGAUAUCGGCUAUCCUGGUAUUGAAGGUUCCAAAGGUGAGCUGGGCCUGAAGGGCUAUAAAGGAGAAAUGGCUGAACCGGCCAACCUGCAACUUUUCGCUGAAGGUGAACUGGGUGAAAAGGGUGAACCUGGAGAUGGCGAAGAGAGUGAAUGGAACUUCGGCAAAGUGAUAAAAGGGUAUAAGGGUGAUAAAGGUCCAACUGGCUGGCCGGGUACUGGCGGAGCUCCAGGUGAGCCAGGAGAUGUAGGUCCAACAGGCUUGCCUGGAAUUCGAGGUGACACUGGAGAAUCGGGUGAGCGCGGAAAGCCGGGUAAAUCUGGUGAGCCUGGUUUCCCUGGCGAGAAGGGUGUUAAAGGUGCACCGGGCUAUAAUGGUCUCGAUGGCGAAGAUGGUUUAAAGGGUGAACAUGGCGAUGGUGGUUUCGACGGCAUUCCCGGUAUACAAGGUCCAGCCGGUCCGCCUGGCAUUUACGAUCCUAAUUUGGAUAUAUCAUUCCCGGGCCCACAGGGUCCCCAGGGUGAUCUUGGGCCACCUGGUAACCCAGGUCUAUCUGGCAUACCUGGAAGACAAGGUCGUCCUGGGCCGAUGGGUCCUUCAGGACCACCCGGCGACAGAGGCUUGGAUGGUGCACCCGGUCGAAGAGGAGACACCGUUAAAGGUGACGAUGGCGAUUACGGCUAUAUGGGACCUCCUGGCCCAUUGGGUCCGCCUGGAAAUCCUGGGCUACCUGGCCGCCCUGGUCAAAGAGGACAACCAGGCCUGAAUUUGAGGGGGCCUAAAGGCUUCGCUGGGCAGCUAGGUCAGCCGGCAGCAGACGGUUACCGCGGAGAUCGUGGUGAAGUUGGAUUGCCCGGAGACAAAGGUGCAUCUGGAGAUGGUUUGAAUAUCGUUGGGCCGCCUGGUUCUGAUGGACCGCCUGGUAUACGAGGGCAACCUGGUCUUGAUGGUGUUCCCGGCUGGCCAGGUUUGGUUGGCGACAAAGGUAUACGUGGUGAUGAUUGUGGAAUAUGCCCAGCUGGGCCACGUGGCUUGAAGGGUCUUCAGGGUGAUGCUGGUUAUCCGGGAUUGAACGGUUUACGAGGUCUUGUAGGUCUAACUGGCGAAAGAGGUCCAAAAGGCUGGGCUGGCAGUCCAGGUCCGAGAGGUCGAAAAGGAAUUCCAGGCCCCGCUGGCGCCAGUGGAGGUAUGGGUCGUCCUGGACCUCCUGGACGCCCGGGUAUCGCGCGUAGAAUCAAAAACAUUGCAGCACCGGAAAGGGGUGAUAUAGGUGAUGCUGGUGAGCGCGGCGAACAAGGUGCUACUGGUGAUCGCGGUUUGGAUGGAAGGGCUGGCCUGUACGGUGCAAAGGGUGAAACUGGAUUGCGAGGAGAUUUCGGAGAUAUUGGCCGCCCGGGUAGAGACGGUUUACCCGGUAGACCUGGCUACGAAGGAAAACCUGGUCUUGAUGCUUCGACACCAAAGUUAUAUUUGGUUGGUAAUCCUGGAAGAGAUGGUCUGAUAGGUGAACGUGGCGAGCCAGGCAGCGAGGGUCCAAAAGGUGAUAAAGGUGAGCCUAAUCCUGGCGAAAUCUACGACAACAAAGGUGAACCUGGUGACAAGGGAUAUAUUGGACUGCCCGGUGAAAUCGGACUGAAAGGUGAAAUGGGAGAAGUUGGAAUUCAGGGAUUUCCAGGUGACAUUGGAUUGCCUGGUCCAACGAUCCCAGGACCUGUAGGUGCUAAAGGAUGGCCUGGCUUAGCUGGUGAAUAUGGACAACACGGUGCUCCUGGAAACCCCGGUAUAGAUGGCUUACCUGGUCUAGACGGUUCGCUAGGUCCUAAAGGUCUACGUGGUGAGCCAGGGCGAUAUGUAUUGCCCGGUGAAAUGGGUCCUGAUGGAUAUCCCGGCGUUAAGGGUGUAGAAGGUGACAUCGGAUUUCCUGGUGCUCCUGGACCUGCUGGCAGACCUGGUGGCAAGGGCGUUAAAGGUUCGAAAGGCGAUGAUGGCGCAUUUGGAUUGCAAGGUUUGGCAGGUGUUAAAGGUCAACGUGGUGAUUACUUGGUUGGCUAUCCUGGUCUUGAGGGAGCGCCGGGAAGAGACGGCAGGACCGCCCCCCAUGGGCGCAAAGGUCACAAGGGUGAAAUUGGUAUGCCGGGGCCAGUCGGAGUACAAGGUGCCAAAGGUAGCAUUGGAUUCCCAGGACGACGUGGUCGUAUUGGAGACCAAGGCAGACCUGGUGAGCCAGGCCAAACAGGUAGCCCUGGAUGGGUAGGAAUACCCGGAGAACAAGGCGAUCGUGGUGAUAUCGGCUAUGAUGGUAGAAUGGGUGACAUGGGACCACGAGGACCUUUUGGCUAUAUGGGACCAAAAGGUCAAUCGGGAGAUGUGGGUCCGAUAGGUCGCGCUGGAGCACUAGGAAUUCCCGGACGCAGAGGUGAAUCAGGUGAUCGUGGUGUUCCUGGACGUCCUGGCGCCAAAGGAAACGCAGCAUAUAGCGGUAUUAAGGGUGAGAAUGGUGAAGCAGGUCUGAUGGGACCACGGGGCUAUGAUGGAUUAUCCGGCGCAAAGGGAGAACGCGGUCCGGAGGGCGAUACACCCAUACCAUUAGAUGGACUACCUGGCAUAAAAGGAGAAACGGGUGUACCCGGACGAUAUGGCUUGGAUGGGUUACCUGGUCUUAAGGGGGAGCAAGGUGAUUUUGGCUUAACGGGCCUUACCGGAGAGGUAGGGGAUAGAGGAGACGAGGGAUUGGCUGGAUAUCGUGGCCGCAAUGGCUUGCCCGGUAGAAAAGGUGCUAUGGGAGCUAUAGGGUUACCUGGCGCGGUUGGAGCGAAAGGUGAUGGUGGUGAAAGUGGUUAUCCCGGUUUGCCCGGUUUGGUAGGCGACCAAGGCGAUGCUGGUCUUCCCGGAGAUAUAGGAGCACAAGGAGAGCGAGGUGAUAUAGGUUACCCAGGUCGACCUGGUAUAUUGUUACGUGGUUUCGCACAACGGGGUGACAAAGGUGAACAAGGCUUCCAGGGUGAACAAGGUCCUAUUGGCGAACAAGGUCCCGAGGGCUCUUCCGGAUAUCCAGGACUUAAAGGCGAACGAGGAGAUAUUGGUUUUGCUGGAGCACCAGGCGUGGAUGGAUAUCCUGGUGUAAAAGGAGAAAUAGGAGACAAAGGCUAUCGUGGCGCCACUGGUCCAAUAGCUUCAUUCAUCGAGAAUGGUGACGAAGGUGAGCCGGGUUAUGAUGGCUUCCCCGGACGACCAGGACGCGUAGGUCCCAAGGGAGCACCUGGUGAACAAGGUGAAUAUGGAGAAAAUGGUUUAAUCGGUUUGCCAGGUAUUUCGAUUGGCGGACCAAAAGGCCAAAUUGGUGAUGUCGGCUAUCCUGGCCCGCCAGGACGUAAUGGUUUGCCGGGCAUGACUGGCCUUAAAGGAGAGCGCGGCGACUAUGGUUACCAAGGUGAACGCGGUGAGCUCGGCUUCGCUAUUCGCGGCAGAAAUGGUGAGGUUGGUGAUAUCGGUUUGAUGGGAGAAGCCGGAUAUGACGGGCUAAAGGGUGAACAAGGAGAGCAAGGUUUCCAAGGUCGUCCGGGUCCGCUUGGCUUCAGAGGUCCACGCGGGCCACAGGGUGAUGCUGGUUGGAGUGGUAUCGAUGGUUUGGAUGGUCUUGAAGGACCCAAAGGUGAACGCGGUGUUACAUAUGAUUUCAGUUUCGCGCGGCCCGGUGAUCGCGGAGAACCUGGUCUUGAUGGCUUCAAAGGCGAAAUAGGCGACAUUGGUGAGAUCGGUGAAAUUGGAAGUUUAGGUUGGCGCGGUGCAAAGGGUUACCAAGGCGAUCAAGGCUUCAUGGGUGCUACGGGACCAGAUGGUCCUCAAGGUGAACGAGGUAUGCCCGGUCUAGAAGGUCUCGCGGGGUUGCCUGGAAUACCAGGACAAAAAGGUCUAGCUGGUGCACCUGCUCCACCACCACCGCUACCGAAAAGUCGCGGAUUUGUGUUUACACGUCACUCGCAAUCGGUGCGCAUACCCGAGUGUCCGGUGAAUACGAACAAGUUAUGGGAAGGCUUCUCACUGGCAGGCAAUAUUGGUAGCAGCAUGGCCAUCGGACAAGAUCUGGGACAAUCUGGCUCCUGCAUGAUGCGCUUCACCACAAUGCCGUACAUGUUCUGCGAUGUGAACAAUGUGUGCAAUUACGCGCAGAACAACGACGACAGCUUGUGGCUUUCCACUGCUGAACCCAUGCCGAUGAACAUGGCCCCGAUACAAUCCUUAGAUCUGAUGAAAUUCAUAUCGCGUUGUGUAGUCUGUGAAACGACCACUCGUAUCAUAGCGCUACACAGCCAAAGCAUGAGCAUACCAGACUGUCCGAAUGGUUGGGAAGAAAUGUGGACCGGUUACAGUUAUUUGAUGACUACAACUGAUAACACCGGCGGCAUUGGUCAGAAUUUGGUCUCGCCGGGUUCAUGCUUAGAAGAUUUCCGUGCCAACCCGGUCAUCGAGUGUCAUGGACAUGGCCGUUGCAACUAUUACGACCCUCUCGCUUCCUUCUGGCUGGCUGUGAUCGAGGAACACGAACAGUGGCUGCAACCGAAGCAGCAAACGCUAAAGGCUGAUCAGACCAGCAAAGUGAGCCGUUGCACCGUUUGCCGCCGCAAGAAUGACUCGUACAUCCGUCGCCUGUCUUCCGUACAGGUGGAGGCUACUGAAUUCCGUCGCGGUCCUGAACGCUUUGCACCAGAGCCCCGAGGCGUUCCGGUGCCAAUACGGCGACCACCACAGCUGCCGCCGAGGAACACCUACUAUCGCCCGAACUAUCGACGUCCGGACCAGAAUGGUCGCCCCUACAACUAUGCCGGCAACCAGUAUGGCGCCAAUCGCAUACGACGCCCUCGCGAAGAUACAUAUGCGCCGUAAAUUUCCCUUCAGCUUAAUAUUUUUUUUAUUCCUCCCUCAACACAAAAUAGGUAGAAGCUUAAUAUUUUUCAUAAAAGCAUACAAUUUCUUAAUAUAAAUAAAUAAAUAAAUAAAUAAAACCAACGCUGAGUAUAUGCAUAUGUAUGUAUAUAAAUGAUAAAAAUAUGUACCAUGUAACACUUACGAAUAAACUUUAGGUUAUGUGAAAAAAUGCCAUGUGUGUGCCAUUAAAAAAGAAAAAACGAAAUAUUUUAAAACUUUCGAAUGUUUUUUUCGAUACUUUUCACUUUCAAAUUAACAGAAAUAAUUGUUAGGAAAAUGAUGCUCUAUUUUAUAACCCAAAUACUGCCCAGCAUGAGCUAAUUUGUAGCGUUUUUAAUGAAAAACAAAAGCAAAAAUCAUUAUUUUUUAUUAUAGUUUAAUUGCGAUUAAAACCAAAUGUAACUUAACUACUUUACCACAUAAAUAUGUUAGUGUAAAUAAUAGCAACGAAGAAAUAAUCUAAUGAAUAAAACAAAAUAUUUGUGAA